AAAAAUUUAAUGUUAUUAGCUCAUCAACAUCACGAUUUAGGGAAAUUAAUGCUCAUGCUAAUGGAUUUGAGAAUUACUUCUCACUUGGGAGUUAGUCAGACGUCAUACCCAUGCCACUCAGUAACACAUCAACGUUUUCUUCUCCCUAGCGUGCCUGGUGUGCCACAAUGAUAAUGGGAAUUUUUCGCUUGUUGCCACUGUAGCAUGCAAAGUAGGAGAGAAGACGCUAAUGUGUUGCUGAGUGGGAUGAGUGUUACAUCUAAUUAACGCCCAAGUGAGAAGUAUGCCUCAAAUCCAUCCUCCCCAAAUCAUGUUAUUGUGGAGCUAAUAACCUUAUAUUUUUAGGUAGGGGCCAAUUACAGGCUAGUUAGGGGGUUAAGACUAAAUCUGCAGUAUCCCCGUCUCAAGUACUUGAUUAUAUGAAUCCAGCAAGAUGAUCAUGUAAAGGAAAAAAUAAUAAUAAGAUAAAAAGAAAGCAAGUAGAACAUGAAACCGUAUGAUUAUACCUGUAUUAUCUCUAUGAAAUGUUAACUUAUCCUUCAAAGACAAAUUUGUAAUGGUAUACAAUGACUUACCAGUUUCUUCCUCUUCUUCUCCUAAAAUAAGCAAAAGGCAAUUUUCUGCUCUUAUAUAAUUGGCAAAACUUGUUAGUAACAACGUGAACUUCCAUCAAUCUCACUUAACGUCAAAUAAAGUUUUGAAUGCAGU